GCCGCCGCCGCCCGCUCCCGCCGCCGCCGCCGCCGCCGAGGUGACUGAGGAGAGAGGCGCCUCCUCGCUCCCGCCUCCGCCGGCCUUCAAUGCCCAGUCCCCAGCUCGCCAGCGUUUUUCGUUGGAAUAUACGUUGCACAUUUAUGGCGAUUCUGAGCGUGAGGGCAGACUUCUGCCAGGCUCAGCACAGCCUUUUCGCUGACAAGUGAGCUUGGGGUUCUAUGUGCCAUAAUUAACAUUGCCUUGAAGACUCUGGACACCGAGACUGGCCUCAGAAGUAGUAGGCUUUUUUUUUUUAAAUUGCAAGCGUAUUCUUUUAAUGACUCCAGUAAAAUUAAGCAUCAAGUAAACAAAAGUGGAAAAGAACCUACACUUUUAACUUGUCUCACUAGUGCCUAAAUGUAGUUUAAAGGCUGCUUAAAUUUUGUGUGUAGUUGGAUUUUUUGGAAGCUGAAGGUAUCCAUCUGCAGACAUUGAGGCCCAAGUUGAAUUUGGAUUCAAGUGGAUUCUUAACACUUCUGCCUGUGCUGAAGAGAAGCUUCAUAAGGAACAAGCAAGUUGAAUAGAGAAGAUAGUGAUCAAUAAGAGGCAUUUAGUGGUCUUUUUAAUGUUUUCUGCUGCGAAACAUUUCAAGAUUUAUUGAUUUCCUCCUCCCCCAUUUCCCCCACCACACUCACACACGCACGCUCACACUUUUUAUUUGCCAUAAUGAACCGUCCAGCCCCUGUGGAGAUCUCGUACGAGAACAUGCGUUUUCUGAUAACUCACAACCCCACCAAUGCGACUCUCAACAAGUUCACCGAGGAACUCAAGAAGUACGGAGUGACAACUUUGGUCCGAGUUUGUGAUGCUACCUAUGACAAAGCUCCAGUUGAAAAAGAAGGGAUCCACGUUCUAGACUGGCCAUUUGAUGAUGGAGCUCCGCCCCCUAAUCAGAUAGUAGAUGAUUGGCUAAACCUGUUAAAGACCAAAUUCCGUGAAGAGCCAGGCUGCUGUGUCGCAGUGCAUUGUGUUGCAGGAUUGGGAAGGGCUCCUGUGCUAGUUGCACUUGCACUGAUUGAAUGCGGAAUGAAGUAUGAAGAUGCUGUUCAGUUUAUAAGACAAAAAAGAAGAGGAGCAUUCAAUUCCAAACAGCUGCUUUACUUGGAGAAAUACCGACCUAAGAUGCGAUUACGCUUCAGAGAUACCAACGGGCACUGCUGUGUUCAGUAGAAGCAGAGGAAGGCCGGCUGGAUCGUGGCAUUAGAGGGAACUCUUGGUACCUGGAAAUGUGAAUCUGGAUUCUUACCUGUGUCAUCAAAGUAGUGAUGGAUUCCGUACUCCUUGACUCCUCAUGAUUGAGAAGAAGGCAAACGAUAAAGAAAUCCCUCUAUAACACGAAUAAAAUGUUUAAGAAAAGAAAAAAGAAAGGAAAAGGGAUUAAUUUAGUGAAAGAUGAUUUUUGCUCCUAGUUUUGGAGUUUUGAUUUUUGCCAGGAUUGAAUUAUUUCAAAUCUCCUGUGUUUUUUAAGCUUUUUCAAAAUAGAUGUCUGAGGAAAACCAGCAGAAUAUUACCCAGUGCGGAGCCAGUUGUUGGGGAGCACACACUUCCAUUAUGCUUGGCACAUAGGUCUCCUUGUGGUGGGAUGUGGGGGAGGUAGAUUUCCCUCUCUCCUGCCUCCCCCCCUUCUCCUGAUAGACGUAGAUGGAAUAGGAAGAAACCCUUGUUGCUGUAGAUGUGCGUGUGUCUGGCAGCCUUAAGCCCACCUGGGCACUUUUAGGAAAAAAAAAAAAACCAAAAAAUAAAUAAAUGAAUAAAUAAAUAAAUAAAAAUAAAAGCAAAGAAAAAGCAGUGGCGCAUAUAUUCUAUGGUCCAGGCGGUUUCUAGUCUGUUGAUAAUGGAUGCUGAUGUUAGGUUUUUUCCCUUGCAGCCCUGAUCUACCAUUAGGGCAUGAAAAGUAGCCAGGAGCCUUUGGUUUUGUAAAUGGUGAGGAAAUGACGUCCUAGGUCUUCCUUUUCCCAUCAGUGAAACAAGUGGGCCUCCUAUUAUUGCAGAGAUGACGGGAGGCCAUUGCUGGUGUGUCCAGGAGAGUUAGCGUGUUUCUACAAGUGUAGAAGUGUGGGCUGUGGAUUUGCUAUCUAACGAUGUCCUAAAAACUGGUAUCUUUAAGUUUUAGGACCGAUUUCAGCAAUAGUCAGAGGAGCAACAGAACACUCAGUCUUGAGAAAUGCCUGUGGUGGUGGUUUUCCAAAUUGUUGUUUUUGUACAGUUCAGUGUAACCACCCAUCACCUUAUUGUUACUAGAUUCUUCAAGAAAAAUCACUGUCAGAACCAGCUUUCCCUGGUGAGUCUGCGUCCACAGGGUGUCGGGCCAAAGCACAAUGGUAGGCACCCAGUGAGCAGCACAUGCUCAUGGCGUCGUGUGGGCUCUGCUCAGUGUGCUGAUGCAGAAGGCAGUUGACCAGACAAAGCAAGUGGGGGGCAUCUUGGGUGCCCUCCUCACCUGAAUGUUCCACACUCAACAGUACCCUGCUACCCAAGCCUUGAGUGCAGGCCUGCAGUCGUCUUUCCCCACUGGAGUUUUACUGUGCAGAGCCAUAAGCCUCCCAUUUUGUUUGUGUCAGUCAGGCCAGUAGGAUGGACGACAUCUCACUGACGAUACCUCAGAUGUUGGCAGCUUUCUGAGUUGCCUGUUUACUGUUGAUGGAAUUGUUCUGAUUUUUAACUAAAUGCAAAUAUGUAGUCCUCCUUUCUGCCUCAUCUCAGAAAAUGAAAAAUAAUGCUUUUGACACUGUUUCUAGAAUUUUAAAGUAAAAAAUGAUGAUAUAAUCCAAAAAUUCAUACUUCAGAGCAUGACAUUCGAUUUCUUUAACAAAGCUCGAGAUGAAAACUUCUUACCCUUACGUUUAGGUUGACUGUUGACUCCUUCAGGGUUCUGAUCAGUACCACCCAGACCUUUUCCACUGAUGUGCUCAUAGUGUUGGCGUGUGUGUAAAUGCAUUUGUUUGUGAGCACAGUAGCUCCCCUGAGGGUCUGCACACGCAGGUGCCCAACAGCGUCAGUGCUGCCUGACACAGAGUCUGUCGUUCCUGUUGGGGGGAGGAGGUGUGUAAAGGAACAUAGAGCAGCCCUCGCUUUGUCUUCAAGACUAAUGUUAAUUGUUCUCAGAACUGGACUUCUUUUUCCACCCUCAAGAUUAAAACUUUUUUCUUUUGGAUUUAAUGAAGUAUUGCUAGCUGAAGCCAGUUUGACUUGUGAGAGUUAGACUGAUGGAAGGCGUGCAGCCUGAUUGACACCCGAACCCUGAACCCUUUUGAAGAACAAUAAAACAUAUUUUACAUGCU